AUGCCUCCUGCGUUGGAACAAAUUCUUAUACUGUCCGUCACCAAACAUUCGCCACUACUAUGGUGGUUAGGUAAACUUGGUGAAGGUUACGCAGACAAGUUCGGUGGCAAGGGAGGGAUUUUUACCGCUACCACCAUACCGGUACCUAGUAUUGGAGUCGAUCAGUGCAACAGUGCGGCAAGGACAAGGAUUCCGGAUACUAUUAUGCAUGUACGCAAUACAAGCUAG